UGGCUUCUUUUCCUUCCAUUACUUAUGAUGUGUUCUUAGCCAUUUGGCUAAGGCUUUCAAUCAAAAGCAAAUUGAAACAUAUGUAGAUUACAUGCUGAGGGAAGGAACUGAAAUAUCACACUCACUCCUCACAGCCAUUGAACAAUCUCAAAUCUCUUUGAUCAUAUUCUCCCAAGACUAUGCUUCUUCUACAUGGUGCUUGGAUGCACAGGAAUGAUGCUGAAUUCAUUGAAGAAAUUGUGAAACGUGUGUUGCAAAGGUUGAACCAAGCAUACCAAUGUGAUCCAAAAGAAUUUGUUGGAAUUCAUGAACCAAUUGCAGAGCUAGAAUCAAUAUUAUGCAGGGAAUCGAAAGCUGUUCUUGUUAUCGGAUUUUGGGGCAUGGGAGGUAUUGGUAAAACAACUCUUGCAAGUAAGAUUUUCAGCAUGAAUUUCAAGGUAUAUAUUUUUUUGGAGAAUGUAAGGGAGAGAGUUCAGAGAUAUGGCAUGACUCAUUUGAAGAAAGAGCUUCUUUCUAAACUACUAGAGGAAAAACAUGAUGGAAUAACCAAUUUUGCCAAACGAAGACUUAGUCGAAAGGGAAUUCUUCUUGUUCUUGAUGAUGUCAAUGAUCCAGACCAAUUGCAAGAUUUAUGUGGGAGAGGAUUUGAGUAACAACUAGGGAUAAACAUGUAUUACUUGUUAAACAAGUUGAUCACAUACAUGAGGUUAAGCCAUUGAAUGAUGAUGAAUCUCAAGCUUUUUAAUUUGAAUGCCUUCAAACAAAACCAUGACAUUGAAAGAGACCAAGCUCAUGCUGAGCUAACCAUCAAGCUGGUUAACUAUGCUAAUGGCAAUCCAUUGGCUUUAAAAGUUUAUGGAAGAAGCAAAGAAGAGUGG